AUUCCAAUUUCCUUCAGAGUCGAACCAGCCCGCGAAGCUUGUUGAUUCGUAUCGAACUGUUCGUUCUCUGUUCUUCGGAAGCCGACUGAAAAGCUCUCCAAUGGAGGGAACCAAUAAAACCACCAAAAGAAAGCUGGCGAAGAAAUCUGAAAACAAGGUAGACAAGAAACCAAAGAAGGAGAAAGAUGAUCCCGUUCCGCCUCAACCACACGACGACGAUUCCGACUCCGAUUUGGACGAUCUUUCCAAACUCCUCCAGCCUUUCUCCAAGACACAACUAAUCGAGCUCAUUUGCAGCACUGCUGUUAAAGACCCCAAUCUUGAAGCCCAAAUUCGAGCGGCUGCCGACCGCGAUGUCACUAACCGCAAAAUCUUUGUUCAUGGCCUCAGUUGGGAUACGACCCGAGAAACCCUAAUGACAGUUUUUGAAUCUUUUGGUGAAAUUGAAGAUUGCAAUGUGGUUAUGGACAAAAAUACAGGGAAGGCUAAGGGAUACGGGUUUAUUUUGUUUAAAUCCCGGCAGGGUGCGUAUAAGGCGUUGAAGGAACCUAGGAAGAGGAUUAAUAAUCGGAUGACUUCGUGUCAAUUGGCUUCUUUGGGUUCAGUGCCGCCCCCGCAAAGCCAUGAGAUUGGCUCGCGGAAGAUUUAUGUCGCUAAUGUGCACCAAAACGUGGAUGCUGAGAGGCUUAGGGCGUUCUUUGCGAAGUUUGGAGAGUUAGAGAUGGGUCCGAUAGGGUUUGAUCCUGAGACAGGGAGAUCGAGGGGUUAUGCCAUUUUUAUUUAUAGAACGAAUGAAGGUGCGAGGAAGGCUCUUGAGGAGCCACACAAAGUGUUCGAAGGGAACAAAUUGCACUGUCAGAGGGCGUCUGAGGGGAAGAACAAGAAUCAAAAUUCGACACAGGCAGCGAAGAGCUUGGGGCAAAGCCAGCCGUCGGUUAUGGCGGCCAUGGCCGCAGCUCCAAAUUUGCAUUUGUUUGCUCAACAUCCGAGCCUUAAUCCUAUGUAUGGUGGAUAUGGGAACCCAGCUUUGGGAGGUGGCAUGUUGAACCAAGGAGUAGUUCCCAUGAGUCAAGUGGGUCUGAUUGGUAGUUCUGUUGGGGCUGGCAUAGGUUUGAGUGGUUACAGUGGGGGGUCGUAUGGCUUAAGCCAAUUAAGUGCUGGUGGUUCGUCAUUGCUAGGCUCUUAUGGCCCUGGUUCGUCAUCACUGAAGGGGUUGCCGCACAUUUACUCAAGCUCAAUGCUUGGUAAGACGGGUUCUGAAUCGGGUCAGACGGCUGCUGGUGGAUCUUACGGUGGAUACACGUCACAUUUGUGGCCAGAUUAUUAGUUUGCGUUGUCUUAUAUCUUUUUAGAUGCUUGGGAAUCCAUAUUUGCGUUUGAGGUGCUGCUGAACUUGUGGAUGAAUGAUCCUGUACUGUACUUUUGGGAAAGUUUAUGUUCAGAGCUUCAUUUGGGCUUUGAUACCUUUUUCCCACAAACCCCUUUCGUCUCUUUUCACUUUUUUUUCCUUCUUUUUUUCCUUUUCUCCAUUCCUCCCCACUUUUUAGUUGUUUUAUGUAGUAAGAACCUGCUGCUGGGCAAUAGUCAUCUUACGUUUUAUACUUCACCUUUGUCAAUAUUAUCACUUUUAAUUCUUUUGAAGUUUUUUUUUAUACAUAUAUUCUUUUUUUGUUGUAAUUUCUUUUUCCUCGAGUAUCACCUUCAUUUUAAUCUUCGGCUUCUGAGUUAUAACCUUCCGCCCUAUUAAUAAUAAAUGGAAGUCCCUUUUUGUGUCCUGUUGGAGUUAAUCAAGUGUUGUUGGAGGCUGCCAAGGAUUAGGAAUAACCAAAUCUUCUAAGCGAAUCCAGUAGUGGUAGGGUGAUGAUUAGUGUUAUUUGGCUAAGUGUGAAACUAUUCUUGGGUCCUAUUAUUCUGCUAACUUUUUUAGGUUGUGAAUAUAUAUAAUGCUCUUCUGUUACCGGUUCAGAAUCUGCAGUGGAAGAACUUUUGUGAUGCAGGUUUGUUUCUUUGCUCUGCUUCGUCGCCUUCAUACUCAUCAUCAGUCUUUGCUCUUCCUUGUUUUCUUCAUUUUCAUUUUCUUCCCCGUUCGUUGCCCUCGUCGUCGUUGCCCUUCUCCAUUUUUCAUACAAUUCUCGGGGUCGUGACUAAAAUGAACCUCACCCACUUCAUCAAAUUCUUCCUUUUUCAUACAAUUGGCUUGGUUUGAUUCUCCAAGUUUUUCAGUUGGUAAUUCUGAAGGUCGUGCAGAAGGCUGAUGAUGGGUAGAGCAGAAUGAGACAGGUAAGGUAUGGACAUGUAUAUAUAUGUAUAUGUAUAUGUGUAUGUAUAUAUGUAUAUAUGCAUUCAUUCAAACUAAGCUUCAGCUGUUGGCGUCACUGCAUCCAUCUGUGCAGAACAGAUAGUCUUGAAGCAUUUCUGUGGCUUGUUUCUGUUGAUUCUAAUGAACUUUACAUGCACAAUAAAUCAAGCAUACCAUCAAAUGAGUGUUUGUUUAGUUUUUUUUUUUAAAUCAUUUUUUAAAAUAUUAAUGUGUGGUUAGAAAAUUAAAAAAAAAAAAAAAAAAGUGAAAAAUAAGGAAUUUAGAGGGGGUGUGGUGUAAAACGUGAAUUCACAUUAUAUUUGACAUUAAGAAGAGUAA